AUGGACCUUCUUAAGGAAUUUGACUGCACUGGAUCAAGUGUGUCCUCACCUCUUGACCCUUAUAUGAAAUUGCAAGCUGAUGAUGAGCCUUUGUUGGAUAACCCCACUGAGUAUAGGCAUUUAGUUGGCAAAUUGAACUACUUGACUAAUACUAGACCUGAUCUAUCCUAUGCAGUUUUAUGUCUUAGUCAAUACAUGCAAAGGCCUUGUCUUUCACAUUUCUCAGCUGCUCAGAGGGUCCUUCGUUAUCUUAGGGAAGAUCCAGGCCAAGGUAUUCUUUUAUCUUCUACACCCUCUUUUGAUCUACUAGCCUUUUGCGAUGCAGACUGGGCUGCUUGCAAGGAUAGUAGAAGAUCAGUAAGUGGGUUUUUCAUUACACUAGGUGGUGCUCCUAUUUCGUGGAAAUCAAAGAAACAGAUGUCCAUUUCCCUAUCCUCUGCCGAAGCAGAGUAUAGAUCGAUGAGACGAGUUACAACGGAGCUUACCUGGGCUUCUCAUCAUGAAAUAAUGGACAAGUUGGGUGUUAUGCCCCUUCCCCCCAACUUGAGGAGGGAUGUUGGCAAGAAGCCAUCUCCGAUCGCCAUUGAUGAAAUUGAUGAAGCUAAGAAGCCGAGAAAGAGGAGAUGA